UGGCCUUCAAUUGCAUCGAACACAACUAUUUUUGUUGCACCAUACGAUACAAACAGAAUACGAUUAGCCCAUCAUUUAGGCAGGGAGAGGAUUAGGAAACAAAACGCAUCACGUGAAUCAUGAGAAAUAACAACCAKAACAAUCGAAGUCGAUGCCGGACACUCGUCRCCUUUCUGUUUGUGGCYCACUUUUGGCCGUCGUGCCUGGCAUUUGUGGUGGUCUCUCCGCUAUCGGUAMCAUCUACAUUGAAGAGCAUCCGCUCUCCCACUGCGGUGUUCUCGUCCUCGAACRACAACGRCARCGAYAGCAAUGAACCUUUCGAGAAUGUGGCGGCGGCCGUCAUCGUGCCCGGGUUUYUGACGGGAGCUGACGAAUUCGAACCCCUUUGCAAGGCGCUGACCGAGCRGGGGAUCCCCACCGUCGCGGUCCCCAUGCCAAACUGGCACUGGCUGCCCUGCCUCGGGGGGAGGUCCGCUCGGCCCAUCCUCGAGAGGAUCGACUUUGCCGUCAAGCACAUAAUUGCCAACUACGAAAACACGGGAAAUCCCAUCAUUGCGAGCAACGCUGUUCUGAAUAUUCCCAAGUACAAGUAUUCGGUGUGGGACUGCUGGAUGGACUUUCGAAACAACCCCGGGGGCGUCUCGAAGGUCGGGGGAUCGUCCAGGGUCGACGAAUAUCCCGUGGUGGAACCCCGCGGUGACUUUCCGCCGCCAKWAUCCUUUCGGAAAGGGGGCGAUGGAAYGCAGCCGAAGAAAAAGAUUGCGCUCAUCGGACACAGGUGCGUAUGGCGCAAUGCGUGCCGAACGAGAUGGAUCCACCUCGUMGAAAAUGUUCCGGGUUUGUCUUACUCAGUUUUCUGCCCUCUCUCUUGCCUACCACCAAAAUCGAUUGUUCAGCGCCGGUGGAUGGAUUAGCCGGGUUUACCUCAGUUCGAGUCCCUACGGAGGCAAGGCMUACGAGGGUUCCAAAUAUAUCCACUCACUGGUCACCCUGGGAACCCCCCAUUCGAACGCUCCCGGUCCGGCCUUUGAGGGAAUUUCCUGGAUCAACCAACCCGAAAACGAGCACGACCGCAUCCAACACGUCCGGACKCUGGCGGUUGCCGGCUCCGGAUUCAAGGGUGGCGAAUGGGGCAGCCUGACGCAGGGCGCCUACAGCUUUUGCUGUCCGAAGGGGACCGAUGGGACCGGCUACGACGGAGACGGCGUGACCCCCACUUUUUCGGCACUGGACRUGCCGGGGUCGGAAUCCCUGGUCCUGGAGGGCACGACGCACCACUUUUGUUGGUCGGACGUAUUUGGCGGGGACUUUGUGGCACCGGAACUGACGGAGGACCACAAGCAGGGGCGGUCCUGGUAUGGGAGUGAGGGGAUCCUGGAACAGUGGUCGAAGUUCAUCCAAGAACAGAGCCGGUAAAGCUUUGUAUGAUGGAAGGAAAAGGAACGCAAUGAAACAGAAGACAACACAACACAAUGAAUGCGUUUGAAAGCAAGAACGAAUAGAUCCAGUGGGGUUCA